UUUCAAACUACAAUUCAUAAUACACUUUUUGAUUCACACUAACUCAACACACAACACAAAAACACAUUUUUAGUUUUUGAUAUUGGUACUAAAAGCUAACAGGAUUAUAUAAUAUCUUCUAAGUUAUCCUGUUUUAGAAGCUUUUCCUAGCUGCAUCAUGAGCCUCCUAGAAUUUCACUCAUAUGAAAAAUAUGUGGACCAGUUCAUGACUCUUAACGACGUUCGCUAUUUGCGCAACUGGGACUUUCAGAGGAAAUUAAUCCAGAAUGCUUGCGGCAAGAGCUGCCUGGGCGGCCUGCUUACCGAAGCGGAGUACAACGAUCGUCGUCAGAAGGAGAUGGACAUGUUGAAACCACGGGGUCUUGCUGGAUCUCAACUCUUUGGCGACUACUUGAACAACAGUGAUCGCGUGCUACAGCAAUUUGCCAAACGAGAGAAAAUGUUGCUCAAUAAGCAUUUGUCGACUAUUGUCUACCUGUUGAUGCGCAACAGUAAUGGCCUGGAGGUGUCUGGUUUCAUCGAUCUGGAGCAAAGUUUGCGCGAGUCCCGGUUCCUUAGCUCGAAGUAUUUCGUGGACUGGAAGGGUGUGUUCGAAGGCACGACCAAGCUUAAGCCGGCAAAACACCACCUGAGUCACUACGACUGGUACAAGAACCGGGUAGUUUACAACGAUAGCGAUAACUUCCAGGUGGUCAACGAAGGGGCACACAGCCUGCUGAUGAAGCACCGCGGCGACCACAAGAUGAUCUGUGUCAAUAUGGGAUGUGACUGUUCCGCCUCAAAGAACGCCAGACGGACCAUGCACGCGUCGCCCAUUUAUGGACACGCCAUAUUUUUCGAUCACAUAAUCAGGCGCAUCAAUUAAAAUGGGCUUAGUAUGUCAAUAAAACUCAAUUACGGGGAAAUAAAAAAAGAAAGGCCAUUACUGCUAUGCCGACAAUAAGAUA